GGGAGAGAAAAACUACUGCCGCUGAGAGAGAGAGAGAGAGAGAGAGAGAGAGAGAGAGAGAGAGGAAGAUAGGGGGAGAAAGGAAGAACAAUGGCUGAAAAAGGGACCUCUCUGUUUUCUCCUUACAAGAUGGGCAAGUUCAGCCUCUCUCACAGGGUGGUGCUAGCGCCCUUGACAAGAUGCAGGGCGUUAGGUGGGAUACCGGGAGAUGCUCUGGUGGAGUACUACACGCAGAGGUCAACUCCUGGCGGAUUUCUCAUCACUGAAGGCACUCUCAUCUCUCCAACAGCUCCUGGGUUUCCCCAUGUGCCUGGAAUUUACUCAGAUGCUCAAGUGGAGGCAUGGAAGAAGGUAGUGAAUGCGGUUCAUGCCAAAGGGAGCAUCAUAUUCUGUCAACUGUGGCACGUUGGCCGUGCAUCUCAUCAAGUUUAUCAACCUGGUGGGGCUGCAGCAAUUUCAUCAACAAACAAGGCCAUCUCAAACAGGUGGAGAAUUCUCAUGCCAGAUGGGACCUAUAGCACAUGCUCAGCACCUCGAGCCUUGGAAACCUCUGAAAUACUGGAGGUGGUGGAGCAUUAUAGCCAGGCAGCCUUGAAUGCCAUUCGAGCGGGUUUUGAUGGGGUUGAGAUCCAUGGGGGUUAUGGUUACCUUAUUGAUCAAUUCUUAAAAGAUGGGAUCAAUAACAGAAUAGAUGAGUAUGGUGGAUCAAUGGAAAACCGUUGCAGAUUCUUAAUGCAGGUGAUUCAGGCAGUAGUCUCAGCUGUCGGCGCAGAACGAGUAGCUUUUCGAACGUCCCCUGCAAUCGAUCACAAUGAUGCCACAGACUCUGAUCCACUCAACUUAGGCCUUUCAGUGAUUGAGAGAAUUAACAAACUCCAGCUACAGGUGGGCUCAAAACUCACCUACCUCCACGUCCAAAGAGAGUUAGGCAGACCUGGCACCGAAGAUGUGGUGGCGCAAACGACCAGGACUUGGAGGAGGGCAUAUCAGGGUACCUUCAUAUGCAGUGGUGGGUUCACUAGGGAGCUGGGAACACAAGCUGUAGCUGAAGGUGACGCAGAUUUGGUAUCCUACGGUAGAGAUUUUAUCUCAAACCCAGACUUGGUUUUGAGAUUGAAGCUUAAUGCACCCCUGAAUAAGUAUAUCAGGGAGACUUUCUACACCCACGAUCCCAUUGUUGGGUACACAGAUUACCCUUUCCUGAGCAAAGCUAGUGGAUGACUGGCACCACUCUCACACCUUUGAAUAUUGGAGUGAAUUAUAAGUUUCUGUCCACAGAAGAUGAUAAUUGAAUUAAAUAAAAAUAACCUAAAAGAUUUGGUGUUUCCACCGUAGUCACGGAAACAGUGCUAUGAUUUUUAUUUUUCAGUACUUUAUUUUAUUUUAUUUUUCAAUUGGGUCCUUUAUCAUUGUGUUUACUGGGAGUUAGUCCUUGUAUUUUGUUUCUCAUUGCUUUCUAUGAGACUUUGUAGUCCCAGCAAAACAUCUUGCUAUUGGAUUGGUUUUUGAAUUUGGAAAAAUCUAUUUGAUUU